CGAUGCUCAAAAUCAACCAAAAUAUGGAACAAUUCCAAAAUAAAAAAGAGAAAAGGGCGUACUUGAAUAACUUCCUUCUCUUGUGAUCAUAAACUGCCAGCAGCAUCAUAUAUUUUCUCCUCGUGCAGUGUCCUGAUAUCACGGCACCACGGCGCGCGCGGACCUCUACAGACUCUCCUCCCAUCCUGCGCGCUCUCCUCCAUUGGCUGCGUCCUCUCCACGCUCACAUCCAACUCAUAUAAACCUGGGGCCUCACACCUUCACUGGGGUCAAAUUUCCUCAGCAAAUCAGUGCAGCCUCUUCGGAAAAAGAUCCCAUGAGCCAAACAGCAGCGGAGUCCGGCGCAGCGUCCAGAUUCCUUCUUUGGACCUCCGAACUUUUUCAGCUCAUCUGAAACCGAUCAGAAAGACGACCAUGUAAAGUUUGGAGGUGUAACUUGUUAAAUUCAGAGGAAUCUUAGUUUAGGUGGUGGAUGACUCCUGUCGGCUGCAGAUCCCAGAGCAGAGAUCGUCUGGGGGCCGCAGCAGCAGCCAGAAACCCAAGGAAACGGAAGACAACACAUUUCCUAUCCGGCUCAGCAUGAACCUCAUCGGCGGCUAUCAACAUCACCACCAUCUGAUGCACGAGCCCUUCCCGUUCGUCCAGAGGUGUCACCAGGAUGCGCCCUACUUCCAGAGCUGGGUGGUGAACCACGGCGAGGUGCCCCCGGACUUCCAGAUCCAGGCGCCUUACCCGGCCACGGAGCUGGGCGCGCCCGGAGCGACGCACGACGGCCGGCUGGAGGGGCUCCAAGCCGGGAUGGGCAAGAGGAGAGGGUCAGGGCCGAAGAAGGAGCGCCGGAGGACGGAGAGCAUAAACACGGCUUUCGCGGAGUUGAGGGAAUGUAUCCCAAAUGUCCCAGCGGACACAAAACUGUCUAAAAUAAAAACUUUACGCCUCGCGACCAGUUAUAUUGCUUAUCUGAUGGACGUCCUAGCCAAAGACUCCGGAGAGACGGAGGGCUUCAAGGCCGAGAUAAAGAAGUUUGAAAACCGGGAUCUGAAAAGGAAACGGGAGCUGACUGACGGCCUACAGGACUCAUUAGGACCCGAGAAGAAGGUGAAGGGCCGGACCGGGUGGCCACAGCAGGUCUGGGCUCUGGAGCUCAACCAGUGACCUCCUCCUUUUCCACCUCCGUUUUCCCAGCAGAUCUACUCAUGGACUCCGGAUUUAAAUCUUUGGAAACACAGGAAAAAAAACACUGACUGCCUGAGACUGUUCACACCGCGGUGCGCGCGCCGUGGCGCGCGGAGAGAGACUUCAAGGACAACAUAGGACGAGCGGUGUGACGCGCUGAUAUUUGUGGCGUUUUCUCCUGCAGACCACAAACAUCUGUUUCUAUAGAAACCGUGUUUUCCUGGCCCUGCCUGCUGUUGUUUUUCACAUUUGACAAGAACGGAACUAAAACUGAGUGUAGAAGGAAACUGAAGGACGUUCCUGCUGCGCUAGAUUUCCUUUGGAUUCUUUAUGAUCAGAUUAUUGAUUGAAUAAGGUAAGAAGGAUGCAGCGGCCGGAUUUAACAUUUUUCCUCGAAACGGGAAUUUGGUCACAUCUUAAACAGGAUGCUGAUUUUCCAGUCAGUUAACUAGCAGAUUUUUGUCAAGUCAGAAACCAGAAUAAACGCUCAGUAAACCGGCUACGACCAUUUUCUCUGAACGAAUUAAUCUGACAUAAAAGAUUUUUGUCAGCGUUUGUAAUUUUAAAAUGGUAAAAAGGUUCAAUGAAAAUUUUAAAUUAUCAUCAUCUGAUCUUUAACAUGAUCAGCAUAUAUAUAUAUAUAUAUAUAUAUAUAUAUAUAUAUAUAUGUAUAAUGGCCAUUUUAUCCCCAUCAUCAGGUUGUUUUUCUGUUUGUUCUCCCUCUUUAUAACCCCCCUCACACAGAAGAGUUCAAACUGUGCAGACUGUUGCAGAAGUGAGUUGAAUUUCCUGAAUCUACCUCAACACCUGAACUGCUCACUGCUCCGCCGGGAGGAGAAAACACUACGAGGAAAAGGAAAACUUUAUUUGGCGCAGUGCUGAAGGAAAUGUGUGUUAGAUGUGAAGUUCCGUAAAUAAAUAAUUAUUUUAAGAAG